ACGCUUCGCAGCGCAUCUCAGACUCAUUCGCUUACAUACAGCCUCAGGCAUCUGCGCAUCUAAAUCGAAUAAUUUUUGUGCAAAAUGAAGUAUUUACAGACUUUCUUUAUAGCUUUGGUUUUAUUAUUUUCUUUCGUAAGAGCUGCGGACAAAACUGUUUGUCUACAGCCUAAGGAAGUUGGUCCUUGUCGGAAGGCGGAUCCUAAUUUCUUCUACAACUCUGAAGUUGGGGAAUGUCAAUCGUUCUUUUAUGGUGGUUGCCAUGGAAACGAUAACCGUUUUCCAACCAAAGAAGCUUGCGAACAAACUUGCUUGUAAGAAAAUUGAAGAAUCGGCAGAAAGAACAUUAUUUCGCAGUAAAUUUUUACCAAAUAUGUAUAUUAAAUCGAAUACUUCAUUUGAAAUAAACUUAUAACUAAGAUUUGAAACUUA